AAGAGGCACAAGUUUCUGGAUACUCAUUCUCCAACCCAUUCCUGACUUUCACUCACUGAACCAUGUCUCGCGCCCUCCUCAUCACCGGCGCAACCGGCAAACAAGGCGGCGCGGUCAUCGACGCCCUCCUCGCGCGCAAAUCGCCCGACUUCACCAUCCUCGCACUCACCCGCGACGCGCAAUCCGUCAGCGCACAGCGCCUCGCCGCGAAAUCGCCCGCCAUCAAACUCGUCCAAGGCAACCUCGACGACGUGCCGACGCUCUUCUCCGCCGCAAAGAAAGCAACUUCCCCCGCCGGUAUCUGGGGCGUCUUCUCCGUGCAAGCGACGUUCAAAAGCGAGCAAGAAGUCAAGCAAGGCACCUCCCUAGUCGACGAAGCCCUCAAGGCAGGCGUGAGCCACUUCGUGUACAGCAGCGUUGAGCGCGGUGGGGAUACACGCUCCUGGGAUAACCCGACAAACGUCCCGCAUUUCGCGACUAAGCACAAGAUUGAGCAGCACCUCCGUGACGCUACCGCCGCAAAGGACGGAAAAGCGCGCAUGGGCUGGACGAUCCUGCGCCCCAGCAUCUUCAUGGACAACCUGGCUCCGGGCUUCGCGAGCAAGGUCUUCAUGACCGCACUACGCGACACGAUGAAAGAGAAGCCACUGCAGUGGAUCGCGACAUCGGACAUCGGCGUCUUCGCGGCCAAUGCAUUCGAAGACCCAAAGGGAUGGGAUGGCAAGGCCGUCGGUCUCGCCGGCGACAACCUCACUUUCGCGGAGUUGGACCAGGCGUUUGAGGACGUGGUGGGCGAGCCCGUGGGCACGACGUUUGGGCUGCUGGGGAAGGCGCUGAAGAAGGGCGUCAAGGAGAUGGGGAUGAUGCUGGAUUGGUUCGCUGACGAGGGGUAUAAGGCGGAUAUGGAGGGGUGUCGGAAGGUGCAUCCUGAGAUUAUGGGGCUGGAGGAGUGGUUGAGGACGAAGAGUCGGUUUGUGAAGAGGUUUUAGACUGGGGUGGAUGUGUUUGGUGAGUUUUUUUGUUGGUAGUAUCCUGGUAGACUUGUCUAAGUUGUCUUCACUUUUUGCUUGUUGUUUGCUAGUAGAAAUUCGCUUAUUAUUUUUUAAUAUGGAUGGUGUAUAUGAUCUGUCAAUUUGCUCUCUCUUUGCCUACUUUCAAUGCCUUUUCAUCGGAUUGUUAUUACAAUCAUCAAAGCAACUGUCCGUUUCAAUUCAAACUUCUGAAACCACCUUUCUCGUACAAACCGAAUCCAGGUUGACAAUUGCUGCCCACACCG